UAUUGUGUCACGUUUAUUUGAGCUUUUCUGCCCUAUAAAUGCAGUGCCGCUUUUGUUUGUUUGUUUUACAGCAACGAUAUGGAAAUUCAAUUCUAAUUUAGUGUCAUUUAAUACAGUAGAGUUAAUAGAGUACACACACAACGUGAAAUAUUUAAACAGUUGCAGCAGGAACCAUAUUUCAACGACCGGAACUGUGUGCACAUCGGAUGCUCAUUACAUGCUGGGCAUGUCAUGCUGUUGAAAUGGCUGGUAAUGCAUUUUGGUGUUGUGUAAAGAAUUUACACUCUCGUACAAUCUCUGUAGGCCUAUAUGCAGACCGGUUUGUGUUCAGUCCCCUGUCAGUUUGUCAAACGCGAGGAUAUGCUAAGAAAGUUGCUGCCAAAGCAAAGGGGAAAGGGAUGGCCAAAGAAGCAUUUAAAGGCCCAGAAGUAUGUAAAGACCCAGUGCGGCUGACCACGCAUGCUGUUGGAGUUAAUGUGUUCAAGCAAGGAGAAGAUCCUGUCCUGAAGGCGCCGGAGGAAUAUCCAGAAUGGUUGUUUCAGCUCAACUUGGGUGCCCCGAAGAAGAUCUCUGAGAUGGAGCCUGAUAGUCGCGAAUACUGGCGGUUACUGAGGAAAGAGCACAUGUGGCGCUUCAAUAGAUUACACAAAGGCAGAAAAAUGUAGGAGGAUGCACUAGUCCUCUUUGGAUAGAACUCAAAGAACUUUUUGCUUUCUCUUUGUGAGAAAAAGUUAUAAAGAUGUCAUUACAUGAUGAAUGGAUCACCCACACAAACAGCUGGCCGCUGUGUUUUACGUUCAGAGAUCCGUCGAAAGAAUGGUGUUGUGAUUGUCAAAUUGCAUUCUUACAUUAUGUUACAAAUGAUUGAAAUUGGUUAUGGUGUUCCAUGCAACAUGAUUAUUUGGAUAUGCCUGGAACAUGCCCGAGACCUUUAGAUUAGGCUUACGGUGUCCUCUUGAAACAAACAAUCUUAAACAUUAUUUUCAAUCUUCCUUUGUUAUUUACCACUGUGAUGUUUCAUCUGUGUGUGCAGUUUUGUGGAAAAAAAUAAAUAAAGAGGAGUUUGUAGUAUAA